AGGCAUCGGUAGUACUAAUUCGGUCCUCUACUAGGUCCUUCAAAAUAGUGUGUCCCAUGGCCAUGAUGGCCAUCACUGUAGUAAUUAUUUAUUUGUUAUACAAAGGGGCAAAGUUGUAUUUUAACGCCAAGUGUGGAAUUGAACAAGAUUCUUACAGGAAAAUGAGUAGCUCGGAGGAGGUAUCAUGGAUUUCAUGGUUCUGCGGGCUGCGGGGGAACGAAUUCUUUUGCGAGGUGGACGAGGAUUAUAUUAAUGAUAAAUUUAAUCUGACGGGGCUGAACGAACAAGUGCCGCACUACAGACAAGCCCUGGAUAUGAUCCUGGACCUUGAGCCUGAUGAUGACUUGGACGAGAACCCCAACCAGUCUGACCUUGUGGAGCAGGCUUCCGAGAUACUGUACGGGCUGAUACACGCCCGCUACAUUUUGACCAACAGAGGUAUUGGUCAGAUGCUAGAAAAAUUCCAAGCUGGAGACUUCGGACAUUGCCCUAGAGUUUACUGUGAGACUCACCCUAUGCUGCCGCUUGGUCUGUCGGACGUUCCCGGUGAGGCCAUGGUGAAGGUGUACUGCCCGAAGUGCAUGGACGUGUACACGCCCAAGUCGUCGCGACACCACCACACGGACGGCGCGUACUUCGGCACCGGCUUCCCGCACAUGGUGUUCAUGGUGCACCCCGAGUACCGGCCCAAGAGGGCCACCGUGCAGUUCGUGCCGAGACUAUACGGCUUCAAAAUCCACCCGCUCGCGUACCAGAUCCAGCAGCAAGCCGCGGCCAACUUCAAGGCGCCGCUGCGGUUACUCUCCUACAACAACGCAGAUCCGAAGAUCCCAAAAUGAUCGUUACGAGAUGAAGCGGUGACCUUCGUCCCGAUGCUGACCCGCAAUCACUGCACUAUGCUACAUAUUUUCCUAUUUAAAAUAAAAACGUAUAAUAUAGACGGUCAAGCAAAUCUAUCACUAAAAAGCGCGAAUUUCAAGUUAUGCACGAUACCUUCGCCCCUACAUUUACAGUGAUAUGGCUCGUCGAUGAUUCCGCCAACUUCAAGGUUUUAUGAAGCAUGCACGCGCUUUAUGAAGACAAUAUAUUGGCUGGUGGAGCACUACAAUUUUUAAUUUGUCGCCAUUUUUAACCGACUUCUAUUUAGUGACAAUUUUUGCUUGACCAUUUUAUUUAAGUACUGUAAAUCCAAAGCAAUGGUGUUGAGAAUUUCGUAGAUUACACAUUAAAGUAUUCCGUGGAUUACACUUUCCCACUUGAUGUCUGUUAUUGAUAAAUUAAAAUAUAAAUUUUAUUUAUUUUUAAUACGAAUAAAUUAUAAAGUUGGUUA